AUGGUAUUUGCCGUUUCAACUACAGCCACGGAGGCUGAACAGCCGAAGACCCUUACAUUCCGCGAAGUCUAUCAUCCCCCAUCCGCGGCUAGCAGCAAUGGGCGGGUAGUAUCCAUCAAACACGAGAACAACGUAAACUUUGGAGCGGAGAUAUAUGGAAUUGAUCUGAACAACUUCAACGCGGCUGAUUUUGCCUUGAUUUCCGAUGCCCUUCACCGACACAAACUUCUUGUUUUCAAGGAGCAGCCAAGAAUGCUCACCCCAAAACAGCAAUAUCGGUUGACUUCAUGCUUUGAUCCCGAUGAGAAAACGGGAGGAUUCGCUCACGGUGCCGACCCCGUCCUUCUUUCGGAGAACGGUGUCACGAUCUACGGUCUACCAAACAGACCAGCAAUCAACGAGCAGCCUCAAGUUCAUAUCCUAGGCCGCGGCGAGGUUCCAUCAGACCAUUUCGAUUUCCCGCCGGGGUUCAAAGUAAAGGGAAUUAACCAUGUUGAUUUUCACCUUCCACCGCACAUCCCACAGGAAGAAAGAGAAAAAGGUGCUAGUCGAUUCUACCAGUGGCAUUGGGACGGAUCUCUGUACAAGAUCCCACCGCCGCGCGUAGGCUGCCUCCUCGCUGUGCGCACGCCCAAGGGCCCCGAUGUUACUGUUCACUGGGGCGAUGGGACUGGCAGGACGAAGAAGAUCGCGCCCGGAGCGACUGCAAUGAUUGCUGGAUCACAAGCUCUAGAUCUUCUGGACCCGGAGCUGCGCGAAAUAGUUUUGCACAGUCGCAUUGAGUACGCGCCGCAUGCAUUCCAGUGGAUGUCAACGGCGCGCAGUACUCAGCUUGGCCAUCUCAUCGAAACAGAAGACCGGGAGAUACCGCUGGACAAGCUUUCACCAUGGUCAGAAGAAAAUAUUUGCAUAUAUCCCAUGGUAUGGAAAAACCCAGUCACUGGAGAAAAAUCUCUUCAGGUCCAUGGUCAGGGGGCGUUCAAGCUAUAUCUCAAGAGCAGCCCGGACGGAGAGGAGACUGUGAUAACAGAUCUGAAAGAGGUUCGCGCGUUUAUGCAUAGGAUCAUGAGUCCCGUUCUCUCGCCGGAGAACAUCUAUGCCCAUCCUCAUGAAGAACAGGAUGUUAUCCUUUGGUAUAACCGGGCAUUGUGGCACAGUAUUACCGAAUUCCCUGAGUCGUAUGGGCCGCGCAUUAUGCAUCAGUGCAAUAUCGCAGCAUCGGAUCACCCCUCUCAGUGA